AUGGAUGCAGUGAAGGAAAUUUCUCCUGCUUCGCAGGAUUACAAUUUGGAUUUGCUCGAGAACCUCCCAACAAAAUACAUGAUGUAUAUCGGAACCUGCAUGAAAACGAUGGAGAGUGAUUUUAGGAAUUGUAAUGCAUAUGUUAUUGAGGAGAUUCUUACGAAGAAACCUGUUUCCAGAGAGUGUUGUAUGAAGGUAGUAAAAGCUGGAAAAAAAUGCUACAUGGAGAUUAGAAAGGUGAUGUUUCAAUUUUAUCAACUCAAACGCUUCGCUUCUCAAGUUUCUUUCAGAAUUAACGAGGUUUGGGAUAGAUGUUCUACUGAAGUUGAAAGUCCUUCAUCAUCUCACUAUUAA